AUGCCAUCCUUAAAAAGGCCCAAGCUUUCAUCUCUUUCGAAGAAGGCGAAGCGGCCGCCAUCAAAGCCUCUAGGGGAAAUGACGCUCGGAGCUCGAGCCAAGACCACUCAGUUGUGCGCCGAGCAAACGAGCAGAGGACCAGGCGGUCGGUUCAACGACUAUACCCCUCUAAACGCCUCGCGCGAGAAGAUUCUGGCCGAGUGCAAGAGCACCGAGUUCAAGAAAUCCAACAUCAGACCCCCAAAAUCAAAUCCCACCCGGUCGGGGACUGACAAAUCCAAAUACUGCAAGUAUCACAAGAGCCAUGGGCAUCUGACCGAGGAAUGCGUACAUCUCAAAGAUGCCAUCGAGACACUGAUCAAGGAAGGUCACCUUUCGAGAUACACAAAGAGAGGAGACCCAUCCAGAAGAAACGACCGUCGAAACUCCGACGAAAGCAGCUCACCGGACGCUAGGCCACUACAAGUAGCACUGUCUGUCACCCGACCAGAGGAUUUCAUACCCUCGGUUGGGGUGACGUUCGCCCUCAGCGUCUGGGAAGGAUUCCCGACGGCAAUGCUCAUAUCGAAUGGCGGGGAUCCCGGCUCCCUCACGAUCAGCUCGGUGAAAAGAAAGUUCGACGAAUUGAUCAGCGCCAGUUCAGACCUUGGCCCGACCCUGCGGAAAUUUAAAGGGAAAUUGGACCCAAUCACUUUCUACCUGGAAGAACUGCCCGGCGGAGCUCCGAACGCCACUAUCCCCCUGCUCAUACGGGCAAGGAUGGCAAAUUUCGACGUCCGCCAGAUCCUGGUCGACGAAGGAAGCUCAGUCGACAUCAUGUACUCUCACCUCUUUCAGACCCUCCAGUUGGACGACUCGCACCUCACCCCGUAUGUGGGUUCCGACCUCCAAGGGUUCAACGGGACGACCACCAAGCCGUGGGGUUACGUCGAACUGCUCGUCACCUUCGGAGAUGGCGAAGCUUCCAGACAGGUCAAUACGAGGUUUCUGCUGAUCGACUGCAAGACCCUCUACAACUGUAUCAUCGGGCGCCCAACUCUGGCCGAACUCACUACCGUCCCCUCGACCGUGCACCUGAAAAUGAAGUUCUACACGAAGAGGGGGCGAGUGGCCACCAUCAACGCCGACAUCGAAGCUGCCAGAAGAAUAUUCGACGCAUCGAUGAAGGGGUUGCAGCUAAUCGCCCCUCCCUCCAGCUCCAACAAGAAACCAAGGGCCGAAGACAAAUCUCCUCCGGAAGAUCAACGACCACCGACAAACGUUAGCUCGGUCGACCUCGACGCUCGGUUCACGGAAGAAGAGCUGAAGAAUGGCGAGGAACGAUAG